AUGAUUUUGUUCGACGCGGAAAAGUUUAAUAUGACAACUAAUAGUGCUUCAAAAGUUAUUCCAAUUUCUUCUGUUGUACCUAUAAUAAAAAUGAAAUCACAAACAGCGUUAUCAGCUACAACAAUGACCUCGUCAAUAACACCAACAUUCAUACCGGAAUUAGUAACAGCCGAAACAGGAACAUAUUUCCGGCAAUUUGGAAAUGCUACCCAACAAACUCAAGUUGAUUUCAAACGACUUGCAUCGCUAUUACAACAAAUGAUUGAUAAACGAAAAGCAAAGAAAAGUUAUAUUACAAAGGAGGAGGAAAUGAAGCAAAAUGUUAAGCUUAAGAAUGAUUCACUAGCCGGAGAAACAAUUCGUUCAUCUUUUCAACAAAAUACAUUCAGUGUAUCGGAUCUGAAACCUAUUGAGAUUCGUUAUCAUCAUUUGAAUCCGGAUUCGAAACCAGAAAACAGUUAUGCCAUUUCCAAUCGAUAUCCUAAUGAAAUAUUGGCAUCAAUUUUUAUAACUAAGCAUAAAAAGGUGAACGAUGAUAUGGCAUUAUCAAAAAUUGCAUUACCAACAUCUGAAAUGCAUACCAAUGAGAAUCCGAUGAUUUAUAUUAUCAGACAAGGUUCCAUUGUACAGAACAAUAGAAAUGGUUACGAAUUUGUGUCCACAAUUACACUUGUCGUUGAUAAUGGAGAAAAGAUUCUGAUAGACACUGGGCUCUCUACUGAUAUCAACGAGCGCACUUGGAUAUUGCAAAGAUUAAGUGAACUUGGUGCUCCACCACCAUCUAUCAAUCAUGUAAUCACAACUCAUGGGCAUCCUGAUCAUUCGGGUAACACCAAUCAUUUCCCGGAUGCAUUUCAUUAUGCUGGAAGAUUUGUGCAUCUUGGGACGCACUCCUACUUUUCACGAAUUUUCGAGACUGAUGUUGAAAAAUUAACGGAAAAUGUUUAUUUAUUGAAAACACCAGGUCAUACAUCUGAUGACAUCUCUGUUCUCAUAAAUAACACUAGUUUUUUUGGCACCGUCAUUGUUUCCGGUGAUAUAUUUAUACAAAAGGAAGAUAUGAAAGAUUCAAGAAUAUGGAAACAGUUAGCAACAAAUGAAAUACAACAAGAAGAAUCAAGAAGACGAUUACUCUGCUUAGCUGAUUGUAUCAUUCCAGGACAUGGGUCAUUAUUUCGGGUAAAAAGUAGCAUGAAACGAAUGCUAAAUUGCCCUGAUAGCUAUUGA